AUAAGGCCUUGACUCCUACACACACACACACACACACACACACACACAUCAGCUAUAGAAAGGAGUCGACAGAGGGACCGAUUCAAUGCCUGAAAAUAUACACAUGGCCGAGGAUAAAAGCCUUGAGAAGAGCUCGGAGGGUGACGUUGCUGGGAAAAAGAAAAAGAAACCAAAGAAGGACAAGGGCCAAACAUGGGCUAAGGAGGGACCACUAGACCCCUUUAAACUGUUGGAUGCCCUCCCUGAACAGAAGCAGCAGGAGAUUCAGAGAGCGCUGCACCUCUUCUCUCUGGGCCAGGGUCCACCCAAGAGCCUGAAAGAAGCCCGCAAACACAACUUCCGCUUCUGGAACAGCCAGCCUGUCACUAAGAUAGGAGAGGAAGUGACGUCACAUGGACCCAUACAGUCGGAGAAGCCGAACAUUCGACAGGAGUGCUAUUCUCUCCCUGAAGGCUUCAGCUGGGACACGAUGGAUCUAGAAAACACAGAGCAACUGGGGGAGCUGUGCACUUUGCUUAAUGAAAACUACACAGCAGAGGAUGACAACACACUUCGUUUCUACUACUCCUCCGAGUUCCUGCUAUGGGCUCUGUGUCCCCCUGGUUGGCAGUCUGAGUGGCACUGUGGAGUGCGGGUGGACUCUAACAAAAAACUAGUGGGCUUCAUUAGUGCUGUCCCUGCCACGGUUAAAAUAUACGACACAGAGAAGAAGAUGGUGGAAGUAAACUUUCUGUGUGUGCAUAAGAAGCUGCGCUCCAAGCGUAUGGCUCCAGUCCUUAUCCGUGAGAUCACCAGGCGGGUUCAGCAGCAGGGUUUAUACCAGGCUGUCUACAGUGCCAGUGUUGUGUUACCGACUCCUGUGACAAGCUGCAGGUACUGGCAUCGACCCCUGAACCCACGCAAGCUGAUUGAGCUGAAUUUCUCAUCUCUCCCGCGCCACAUGACCCUGCAGCGUGCACUCAAGCUGAACCGACUGCCAGAGACGACCAAGACUGCUGGCCUACGCCUCAUGACCUUGGAUGAUGUACCCAAAGUACAGGAUCUUCUGAGAGAGUAUCUAAAAGACUUCCAUCUUCUCCCCAUUUUAAACAAGGAAGAGACUCAGCACUGGUUCCUGCCCAGAGAUGGUAUCACUGAUACUUAUGUAGUCGAGGGUUUAGGUGGUGUAAUAACUGAUAUGGUUAGUUUCUAUAUCAUGUCUUCGACCGUUUUGAACCACCAUACCCAUCGGAACCUGAAGGCAGCAUAUGCUCUUUACACAGUCAGCACUGGUACCCCGCUACAGCAGCUCAUGGAGGAUGUCCUCAUCAUAGCAAAAGCAAGAGGAUUUGAUGUGUUCACUGCCCUGGAUGUUAUGAGAAAUAAGGAAUUUCUGGAACCUCUGAAGUUUACACAAGGAGACAACACUAUGCAUUACUACCUUUACAACUGGUCAUGCCCAAACAUAACCCCAGAUAAGGUCGGCAUGGUGCUCAAGUAAUAUCUGCAGAGUUAUCAGAGGAGAGGAGAUGGUACCACUGAUUGCUUUUGCUUCUGUAAUAUUUAAUGAACGGAUCACCUCAAAUUAUAUCAAGAUACAUGUUUGCAGUUCAAGAGCAUGCGAGAGACCCGAUGGAUUGAAAGAUACAUACCAGAAGUUUGUUAAAAUGUAAACAAUAAAAUAUGAAUGACAUCUA